AUGGGCUGCCUGGAAGCUAUAAAAUCUCCCAAAAAACAGCGACGGACUUGGAAGGUUCCUUUUUUUUCCAUUUAAUCGAAACUUUAAAAACUGGCCAUCGAGAAGUUUAGCGUUGGCAACACCACUUUAAUCGACCGUUUCGAUUCUUCAAAUAUAAGUUAUAUGGAGUCCGUGACCGGAAUUUAGGGCCAGAACUUGAGUCCGAGGGCUGCGGCAGCCGAUGGAGAAGGAUAGUUUUGAGCCCGUUUCUGUGCCAGAUGUUCAAGAACUUUCCAUAGGGGAUAAAAAUGCUCUAAUUGCUCAUAUAUUUGAUAUCAAAACAAAUAUGGCUAUAAUGCUUGACCACAUAAUUGAGAUGAAGAACCUCGUUUCAUGCAAACAAGAAUUCGGAGGUGAUGAUCUAUUACCCAAAUUUCCUAUAAACAGUAUACGUGACUUAAUAGAUAUUGACAAAUACCUAUCUGAAAAUGAAGUUGUUGCAAAGCAAAUGGGUCAUUUUAUAUACAAUAUAGGAGGUAAAAAUUCGAAAGAUGCUGUAUACCGUGCCUUAGAACGACUGUAUACCAACUACAUUGGUCAAUAUAUCUCCUGGACCGGAGCCAAAGGAAACUUUAAAAUAAAAGACAUGAAGCUCACUGCAAUCAUGAGAGAAGUAAUAAGGCAGAGAUUUGAAAACGUCACCGAUAUGGAAUUUGAAAGUAUGACCAAAUCAUGGUUUCAGCAUGCGAAGACAAGAUACGAAAGAACUAAAAAAUAAAUUAUGGUUUUGUCUUUUUCGUAUUAUGUAUUACUCUUUUACCUUAUUUCUUUAAUAGAAAUAUAAGAAUGUUUACAAG